AACACGCCGGUCUUCGAUUUCGAUGCUGCCCGGCCUUGCUCGUCCUUGCUUCGGGGCGGCGCCGCGGCAGUCGCUGCGGCGAGCGGCUCGUGCGACACGCCUCCUAUCAGCCUCUCGCGAUCGGCAUCUCAGCGUGGCCGCGCCCGCCGACUUGGCGCACGUCGCUGCGGCCGCCACCACUUCGGCAGCGGCGUCGUCGAGCUCGUUUGACAUCGACCAGCUCGCGCGGCAGCCGAUGACCUCGCUUUCGCUCAACGACCUCUACCGCGUCGCGAGCUCUCCGACCGACGAGCAGAACCUGCUCAACGCGCAGUUUGUGAGGCGCGAGCUGCCCAUCCGGUAUGCUCAUCGGUGCGCGCAGCUGCGCAACCUGCCCUUCGGCCUCGCUGCGGACGAGCGGAUCGAGCAUGCGGCGCGCACGUACGAGCAGCAGGCGGAGGCGUUGUUCCUCCACCCCAAGCCAGUCGACGCCAGCAGCAAGCGGUCAUUUGACUCGCUGCUCCGCUCGUCGCAGCCAAAGCUCCUCGAGGUGCCGGAGCAUAUUGGCACGGCGCUGGCGGCGCGGCUCCACGCGGAGGGCGGCGAGGCCGACGCCGAUGCCGACCGCACGCAGCAGCGAGUCAUCGACACGCACCUGGACGAGUUCUUCCUCGCUCGAAUCGGCCAGCGCUUCUUGAUCGAGCACUACCUCGCAUCGUCUGGCUCGAGCGGCGCGGAGCAGCGGCCCGGCUUCUCGGGCAUCAUCCAGUCGCGCUGCUCGCCGUUCGAGGUUGUCGAGCAGGCGGCGGCCGAGACUUUCCUUCUCUGCAGCGCGCGGCUGGGUGUCUGCCCGCAGAUUGAGGUUCGGGGCGACCGCGAUGCGUCGUUUACGUACGUGCCGAAGCACAUCUUCUUCGUCGCGAGCGAGCUCCUCAAGAACGCGGCCGCGGCGACAGUCGACUUCCACGCCUCGCGCGGCGGCGGCGGCGGCUUACCCCCCGUCCGGAUCGUCGUCGCGUGCGGCGAGAACGAGAUGGCGAUCAAGGUAGCGGAUGAGGGCGGAGGCAUCGCGCGCUCGCGGCUGGCCGAGGUGUGGUCGUACCGCGGGGCGCGGCUGGCGGGCGGGUUCGGGCUGGCGGCGAGGAGCGACGCGGACGAGCUGGUGCGCUCGCCCGAGGCGUCGGCCGGGCUCGGGCUUCCCCUGGCGCGGCUGCACUGCAAGUUCUUCGGCGGCUCGCUCCACCUCACGCCGAUGGAGGGGUACGGCACCGACUCGUACGCCAAGCUCAACCGGCUCGGCGACGACAACUGCGAGGACCUGCCC